AUGGAUCCUAUAGCUCGUUAUGAACUAGUAAAACGAAGGGGUUUAUGUUUAAAUUGUUUGUUUCCUAACCACAUUUCUAACAACUGCCCUUCGAAUAAUCGCUGUCAGCACUGUCGAGUAAGUCACCAUACUCUACUACACAGAGAAAAGGUUAAACACAAUCCAAUUGCUGCAGACAGUGUCACUAUAAAUGAAGGAAAUCCGAAUUGUAACACGCCUACUGUACUAAAGGUAACAAGAAAUAGAAGUGAGGUUGUAUUGGCUACAGCUUUGGUCGAAUUGUCUGUUGCAUCUGGAAAAAAAAUGGUGGCUAGAGCAUUGUUGGACUCGGCUUCACAAUUACAUUUUAUUACCGAAAGAGUUGCCCAAACUCUUCAUUUACCUCGUCAAAAAACAGAUUUGGAUAUCUCAGGAAUUGGAGAUAAUUCAAUUAAGGCAUAUUACCAAUGUUCACUUACCCUUAAGUCUACGAAUUACCCUCAAAUAUCAACUAUUAACGCUAUCAUACUUUCUUCGAUAACAACAUGCCAGCCAAAUAAACACAUUAAUACGGAAUCUUGGAAUAUUCCCACAAACAUAAAAUUAGCUGAUCCGAAUUUUUAUCGACCCGGUUCAAUUGAUAUACUUCUUGGAGCUAGUGUGUUUUAUGAAUUUCUUAUGGUAGGUCAAAUAAAACUUCGAGAUAAUCUACCUAUUUUACAAAAAACUUCCUUAGGAUGGAUAGUGACAGGCGCAAUAUCAUCAAUAUCUCAUUCACCAUCAGUACCACCAAGAAAUUCCGUAUUUAGUGCUACAAUCCUAGAAAAAUUAAAUGAUUGUUUAGAAAAAUUUUGGAUAAUUGAAGAUCAUCAUAGAAUAAACAAGGAAGAAACCAAUAAUGAUUGUGAGCGAUAUUUUGAAGAAACUACGUCUAGAUGUCCACAAACAAACAAAUUUGUUGUUAGAUUGCCAUUUAAACCAACUGCACAAAAACUGGAUGAGUCAUAUGAUAUCGCACUUAAACGAUUUUUAUUGUUAGAAAAACGAUUAAAAUGUAAUAAAAAACUUAAUGAUGAGUAUUCAUCAUUUAUUAAGGAAUAUAUCGAAAUGAAUCAUAUGCAAUUAGUGCCAAGAAAACAGGUGUCAUCAAAAUUAUUAAAUUUUAUUCCUCAUCAUUGUGUAAUUAAAAACGACAGUUCUACAACAAGACUUCGAGUCGUAUUCGAUGCGUCCUGCAAAACUUCUAAUGGUCUAUCGCUAAAUGACAUUCUUCGAACUGGGCCAACACUACAGGAUGACUUAUUCACAAUCUUAUUUCGUUUUCGUUUACACCGCUAUGUUUUAAUGGCUGAUAUUGAAAAAAUGUUUCGACAGGUUCUCGUCAAUCCGGAAGAUUUAAAUUUUCAAUGCAUUUUGUGGCGUAAUUCAUCGAUGGAGGAUGUGGAUGUUUACCAAUUACAAACAAUUACAUACGGCACUAGCUGUGCCACAUUUUUAGCCACAAAGUGUCUACAACAACUUGCUAAGGACAAUGAAAAUGUUUUUCCAACAGGUGCUCAAGUGACUAUUAAAGAUUUUUACGUAGAUAAUCUAAUGACUGGUGCUAAUACAGUAGAGGAGGUAAUCGAAAUAAAAAAUCAAGUAGUUCAGAUGUUAAAGGCUGGUGGAUUUCCAUUACGAAAAUUUGCUUCAAAUGUUCCAGAUGUUAUUAAAGAUGUUAGUUCUUCAGAUAGAGAACAAAUAAUAAAAAUACAUGGCACAGAGUUCAUAAAGGCUCUUGGUUUAAAAUGGUCACCAAAGGAAGACAAUUUUCUUUUUGACUACGAAAUACCAUUAUCGAAGACAAAAAUAACUAAACGUAAAAUUUUAUCCCACAUCGCAACAUUUUUUGAUCCGUUGGGUUGGAUAAAUCCUAUCAUCUGUACCCAAUGGAUUGCCACACAAUGGGAAGAUAUUUGUCAACAAAUGCCACAAAUCGCAGAAAUUAGAAUACCAAGGUUAGUACAAAUAAAUUCUGACACAGAAAUUCAUGCCUUUGCAGACGCAAGUACAAAGGCUUAUGGAACAUGCAUAUAUGCUGUUACCAGAACAGGUGAUAUGAGUACAUCGUCAUUGUUGUGUGCAAAAUCGCGUGUUGAGCUGAUUAAACCAAUUACGUUACCCAGACUAGAACUAUCAGCAGCACUCUUAUCGUCUGAGCUACUUAACGAGGUAUGCAAAAUUAAAAAUGUUUCCCCGAAUAACAUUCAUUGCUGGAGUGACUCUUCAAUUACUCUAUCAUGGAUAAAGGGGGAUGCAACAAAAUGGAACCAGUUUGUGUCUAAUAGAGUUCAAAAAAUCAAAAAUAUUACUACAAAUUUUGAAUGGCACUACUGCCCAACAGCAGAAAAUCCUGCAGACUUAGUGUCUAGAGGAGUCAAGGUUGCUGAUCUCAUAGACAAGAAAUUAUGGUUUGAAGGCCCAGAAUUUCUCCAAAAAUCACGCAAUAGUUGGCCACAAUUACCACAUCACAUUAAUGAAGAUCUUCCUGAAAAAUUAAUGAACACUACAACACUUAUCGUAAAUCAAACACCAAAUAUAUUCUUUGAUUUUAAAUACAUCAAUAAUUAUAAAAAGACUCUAAGAAUUUUCUCCUAUGUAAACCGAUUUAUUGCUUUAGUCAAAAAAACAAAGGAAGUUGAAAAGGGUCUAAUCACACUUGAUGAAGAAAAUAAAGCCUUGUUAAAUAUCUGUACUAUCAUUCAACUGGAAUCUUUUCCUGAAGAAUAUAAAACAUUAUCAAAAACUAACGUUGUAAAUCACCAAUCAAAAUUAUUGCAACUUUCACCAUUCAUCAAAGAUGGUUUAAUUCGUGUAGGCGGUCGCCUUCAAAAUUCAUCGUUGUCUUUUGAUACUAUUCACCCUAUUGUAUUGCCUAAUCAUCACCCAUUUGUUCGAACACUAAUUAAUCAUUAUCAUCGAAUAUACAUGCACGCUGGAACUCAAACACUCAACAGUCUUCUUCGUGAUCACUUUUGGAUUAUAGAUGCUCGCAACACUAUACGCCACACAAUACACAAUUGCAUUAUCUGUUAUCGUUGUCGACCCCAAAUCUGUCAACAAAUAAUGGGAUCAUUGCCUAGAGAUAGAGUUGAACCUUCAUACCCAUUUGCUACUACCGGAGUGGACUAUUGCGGUCCAUUUUCAAUUACUCAUCGUAUAAGAGGUAAGCAACCAACUAAAGUAUACAUUGCCGUAUUUAUUUGCUUCACAACGAAGGCUAUUCAUAUGGAGUUGGCAAUGGAUCUUACCACAAUAGCAUUCAUAGCAGCUCUAAAACGAUUCAUAGCCAGAAGAGGUAAAUGUCAUACGAUAUAUUCAGAUAAUGCUACCAAUUUCGUUGGAGCAAAUAAGGAAUUGAAAUCAUUACUUCAACAUUUCUUAUCAUCGGACCACAUAGCUGCCGUCAGCGAGAACUGUAAACAACAAGGUAUAAAGUGGAAAUUUAUACCUCCCCGAUCCCCACACUUUGGUGGCUUGUGGGAAAGUGCUGUAAAACAAGCCAAAUAUUUUCUUCGUAGAGCUGUAGGCACGUAUCUAUUUUCGUAUGAUGAACUACAAACCAUAUGUUGCCAAGCUGAAGCAAUUGUUAACAGUCGACCACUUACACCAAUGUCCAGUGAUCCCGAUGACCUUCGCGCAAUAACUCCAUCACAUUUCCUGAUCGGCCGAACAGCUCAAACGAUACCAGAACCUUCUGUCGAAUAUCUUGUGUCAGGGACACUUAAUCGAUACCAACAGAUUCAAUGGGCUCAGCAACAUUUUUGGCAAAGAUGGCAAAAGGAGUAUUUGAAUGAACUACAAAGAAAAAGCAAAUGGACUACCCAGUAUGUGAACUUACAACCAAAUGAUAUGGUACUAGUUAAAGAAGACAAUUCACCACCAAUGAAAUGGCAUCUAGGUCGCAUAUUGGAAACAAUACAUGGUCCAGAUAACCAAGUAAGAGUUGUUGUUGUCAAAACAAGUGAUGGUCAACAUAAGAGGGCUAUACAAAAAUAUGUAAAUUACCAAUAA